AUGGCGAGCAACGCUGAGUAUGUAAAUGCUACCGGAAUGACAACGAUCCCUGCACUCCCCAACUUGGAUGACUACACUUUUAUCGACGAAAACUUCUACGUCGCCACCACGGAGUGGACGCCCUUGGAUUAUGCCACAAAUCCUCCAGACAACUUUACCGGGGUUUUUGGCGAUUUUUAUCAAUCGAUCAGCUAUAUCGAUUGGCGUUGGUAUGAUCUUCUGACCUAUGAUCCGUUGGUCUGCAAGAAGGGGCCUGGCGAUGAGCAACACUUCGCCAGCGUCGAGGAUUUUCGGGUAGAGUACAAAUGGGAUGGGACGCCCUUUCACCAGGACUUGGGCGAUGAGCACGUGGCUGAUGAGCCCAAGAUUGCGGCCUCGAUGUUUGUGCUCGGAGUCAUCGGAAUAGCCUUGUCGGCGGCCUCUGGGUUUUUGGUGAUCAAGAACUCCAAGGUCUCCAAAAUCGUUCGCAUCGGGAUGAUAGCUGAUGCGGCAUGCCGCUUCAUCAACUCGAUGGCUAGAUUUUACUAUGGGAAAUUCUCUGAGCCAAAAACUGGAUACCUUUGCUACACCGGGUAUCAUUUCACGCCUGCAUAUUACUGGCGAACUUGCCGCUACCACAAAUCAGCGCUCUACCAAGCUCUCUUUGAUCUGGUCCCCGAAAUCCUAGUGCUGAUUCAAGCCGUGACAUUAGCAUUGGACGUUAUUGCUCUGAUGACGGUCCGCAGGAAGAUGAAAGAAUCGCCCUCGAAAAACGAGAUGAACAUGCGGUUCGCCACUAUGCUCGUCGCCACCAAUGCGCUAAUCUUCGGCAAACAAUUGGUGGGUGCCGCGACGAUGCGUGUCUCUUAUCGCCCCCGUUCAACCUAUCUGGCAUCGUCGGUUUAUGAAUUUAUGCAUUGUGCCUUGAUCAGUUGUAUCAUCAUCACCUUCAACAUGUCUUACCUCGAUGUGAAGCCAAGAAUGGAGCCGACAAGCUCGGCAUUGUCCUCUUCAUUCCAAACGACAACCACGAGGGUG